AUGGAUCAUCGGCAGAAUAAAAACAAAAAUAUUGUUUCAAAUUUAAAUGGAAUUUGUGUUAUUCGAAUUGAUGAUACUACUAUUUCAAAUAUUAGUAAUAAUUCGGUAAAUAACAAUAAUAAUAAUGGAUCACCUGUGAAAGGAAUAUUUCGAAGACAAAGUCGACCAAUGAGAAAAACUAUUCUACAACAAUUUGGAGUUGGAAAACCUCAAACAAGGUUUUUAAGCAGGUAUUUUUAUUGUUUGAAGUUUCAUCUCGAAUGUUUAUGAAUUAUAUGUUUUCUAGUAGAUGUUAACCUUCUGAUUAUUUCAUUUUCAAUAACUGUUCGAAGUUAUGACAAAGUUUGAAAAAACAUGACUACAUUAGACUAGAAGAGCGGGUUUUCAUAAAAAUUUCCAAAGUCUCCGAAACAACAUUUUUGAAGCCAGUCGUGUCACGAAUUUCUUAACUCUCAAACUUUGCCACGUCAUGGCGCGCUUGCUCAUAUUUAAAAUUGAAAUGAGCAGUUUUCCACUACCGUGUUCAGUAGGUAAUCUUGAACCAAUUGUACUUUUCUUUUUUAACAUUAUUACCGUAGUAUUCACCUAAUAAUAGCUAAUUGUCUCAUUCUCGAAAAAAAACUGAAAACCCAUAAAAGUUUUUUCUCGCUCUCUUUAUGAACAUCUUCUUCUUCGUCUACUCUUUUCUUCAUUCAUUCAUUUUCAUUUUAAAGUGUAAACAAACAAAAAAACAGAGAAAAAGAAAUGAGUAAUCUGAAAUUCCACAAAAGAAAAAACAUAUUCGACUAAUUCGAUAAAAUAUUUAUGUGUUCACAUAAGAGGAAUGCAUAAUUAAAAAGUCAAUUAGGCAAAAUGUUGGCCGCCGAGAUUUCGAAACCAAUUUUAUUUUUAUCUUCUUCUUCUCAUUUCAAAUUACUUUUUUAUUAAUUUAUCACGUGAACUUUUCGACAUUUUUGUUGUCUAGAAUAUUAUUCAUUUCUAGAUAAAAUGAAUAGUUGAAUAAAUAAAUUGUUAAAUCCGACUUUUACUUUUCCACGAAACAGGAAAAAGUACUGUGGUUGUUGGUUGCAUAAUCGUGGCAAUUUUGAGAUUAUCGAAAUAAAAAACAAAAUAUAAAUGUAUAGAAAUUAUACUAGAUAUGCAAAUGAAAAAAGCAAAGAUUGGGUAAUUCGGAAUCGAAAUUGAGCAAUUGGGCGAGUUAAAAAAAAAAUUUAUAUCCAUCUUCAAAUAAAAAUUAGACCAUCUUCAAUUUUUUAAAGGAAAAAUUCUGAAUUUUGAAAUGAUCUUCAUUCAUAUCAAAAUGAGUAUAAUUAAUGAGUAAACCUUUUACUCUCUUCAAAAAUCUCCUUUUAUUUUUCUCGUUAAUCCUUUCGGGUCUUACUUUUUAAUCACCUCCAGGCAAUUUUUCCUGACUUUUUUCUAAAUUGGAAUACUAUAGCAAAACAAAAAAGGCAUAGUAAAAAGGGAAUCACAAAAAACCCUUUUUUCUCACUUAAAGUGCUCAUUAAGUAUGUGUAAAUGAGCUUUUGAUGGAAAUACGAUGGACACGUGUUUUUUUGGAGGGUGUGAAAAAUGAAAAAACACAUAACACAAAAAAGACAAGCUGCUGAAUGAAAUGAAAAAAAUUGAAAGGGUUUUUAUUUACUACAUAAAUGUAUUUUUGCAAAAUACUCCCACCAGUUUUCAUUUUUCUUUAGAAAUUUGUAAACCACAUCAGCUAAUUUUUUAAUUUUGAACUUUAAAGUCCCACAGAAACAAUUCGACUCAAUGAUAUGACGAUCUUAUGAAUCAAAUAGCCGAGCCUAGAAAUCCUAGUUGUCUUGGAUCUGCACCUAGAAAACCAUUCUCGCAAGGAGUCGCGUCUUGAGAGAGACUGUUAACAGGUACUGCGCCUUGAGAGCAUCUAUACCAAGUAGCGAACCCUAGACUUCCGAUUUGUCAAAUCACCUUGAGAAUCUAUUUAUGAUCUACUUCAAAAAGUUUCAAAUAAGUCUGGCAAUUUGGGGUGAUUUUUGGAUCGUAAAAUUAUUAUAUUACAAUUUAUGCUGAAUUGCAUAUGUUCACUUUUAUCAGAAAUCUACUGAACUUCUAUGUUUUGUGUCACACGAUUAUUUUAAUUUGGUGUGAAAGAAUAUAUAAAAUGCACAAAAUGCGCCUAGCCAUUAAAAAUCCAUUUGUGUUCAUUUCUUUCAUUUCAUUCAUUUCUACACACAGCUGUGGAUAUGUUGUUCUUUCGAAAAAGAAGCGGGAAGAAUAAAAACCUCGAAGAAUAAAUGAGCGAAAUUUGCCAAUAACUCUAUUUCUCCACUUUCUUGUAAUAAAAGAAGAAAUAAAGGAAAAAAGAUUUUUUGUUCUGAACGCGAAACAUCGUAAAGUAUCUCGCCCCGUUUUCUUUUUCGCAUUUUUCUUUCUUCCCGUGUGAACAUGUGCUCACCACAUUUUGAUUUGUGUUUUCUUGGUACUUUUUUUGAAUAUAAUUAUUAUUAGUGCAAUAUUAUGAUAUUUUUAUGAUGAAAAUAGUGUGAUAGUUAGUUAGAAAUCUGUGAUAUGAAAUAUUUUGGUUCUUGGCUUGAAAUUUUGGAAUUAAUAAUCCAAACAAAAAAUGUUAGCGGAAAAUGCAGAAAAAUUAAUUUUCAGACCGCUUAAUUGUCAAAAAUGUUCAUUUUCUGUUCAGUUUCAAUGAAAAAAAUGAUUAAUUUUCAAUCUGAGUUUGCAAACGAUAUGUAGUGAAUUCUCAAAUAUUUUUAAUUUUUUCUCAGCUUCUUGAAAAGUCAUCGUCUCAUAGUUUUUCUUCCCCCAAUAAUUUGAAAUCCAAUUAUCUGUUCCUCUUCUCCACCACCGACACCAAUCCAAAAAUAAAAUGAAAAAAAAAAACCACAAAACACACGCACAUUUAUUCACAAAAGACAUAAAACUGUGUCGAUUUCCAAAAAAAAGCAGAGGCUAAUUAAUUUCAAAUGACCCAGAUUGUUUUUGGUUUCCUCCGGAAAUUUGCCAACUUUUUUGUUUUUUUCUUGCAGACGUAAUUCAUACAAUUCGGAAAAUUAUUAUCGAGAACUCGAAAAAAUGCACGAAUCCGGACUAUUUCACACCGGUUUAACAAUGGGUGAAAAGGUUUGCGAAUUUUUUUUAGUUGUGAAAAUAAUCUUUAUCAUUUUUCAGUCCGAAGAUUUCUUGAGUUUGGUCGAAAAAAUGCAAGGAAAUCGAUUGGAUGAUCAAAGAUGCGAAAUGCCGGUUAGUUUCUUUUUUUUGAAGUAGGAAAAGGGGAUUUUUUGGAACUUCGAUGAAAAUGGUGAAAAAUAACAUUUUCUAAAAAAUCUAAUUUAAUUUCAAUAAGACUCUGAUCUGACCUGGGUAAGUUUUUUUUGUCAAGUAAAACCUUAUAUUUUUGUUCGCAGCUGGGAAAUUCUCUCACAAUCAAUUAGAUGUUUUUUUGUUGAUACCAGCUGCAAAUUUUAUCCAUCCAUCAUCUAUUUUUUUCUUUCUAGGCAUAGUUUAUUCGAACCUAACAUUAAUAAAAAGUCAUAAAUCUUCUCGAUUCUAAUAAACAAUAUCAAAUUACUAUCUCGUCCUCAAAUAGUUUGCUCAUCUUUUAUUCUUGUUUAUCAUUUCUUCUUCUUUUUUUCACAAGAUAUUUACAAUAAUUUUGCGCAGCCAGUCAGCUUCUUCUUUUUUCUGCUCAACAUUGUAUCCCACUUCAUUUACACACCUUGUUCUGUUAGAUAUUUCUCCUGUUUGACAGACUGCUUGAUAAUCACUUUUUUCUUGCUUAUUCCCUCUUCAUUUUAUUAUAUUUUUUUGUUCCUCUUCUCAUUCAUAAGUGUUGAUUUUAUCGCCUUGUUUUUUCUCGAUUUUCUUCAUUAUUCAGUUUUUUCAGGAAAAAUCUUUUCAAAGCAAACAAUUCAAUCAGGAAAAAAAUUUAUGUUGAAAAAUCAUUCCGUGAUUCAUGAAAAUUUCAGCUUGUGAAAAAUAAACAUUCUAUUUCAAUAUGAUUUCGGAAAUAGUUUUCGAAUUGACAUUUUUGAUUUUUUUUCGAAUUUUGUUGAAAAGAGAACAGUUUAAAAGUUCAGUUGGGAUAUUUUAUGAAAUUUUUUGUUGGUUUUGUGAGCCGCUGAUCACGAAAACUUCUCACAACUCAACUUGGAAUAUUAGUUAUAUAGAAUCUCGUAUUCCCUUUUUUUGGAAAUUUUCUUUAAACUUUUCCACGUCAUAGCUCAUUUUCAGAGUUCAGCGAAAUCUGUUUUAUAACGGGAUCACAUCCUCCGGUUAAAAUCUAUAUUCAUCCGAAAUCUCGAAUCAAGAGGUUCACUUUUUUGAUAACAAAAGUUAUCAUUUGUGUAGUUCUCUCGGACAACUUUCUUCUUUUUUUUGUUCUCUUUUUUCUCUCUUCAAUUAUUUUCCAAUUAUUAUUAUAUUAUUUGUAUCAAUUUGUUGAUGUUUUUGUUUAUUAGUAGUACUACUAGUCGUUUUGUUUCUUUUUUUUUGCUUGCUUCGAAAAAAAUGAUAAUAGAAGAAAACUAGUUUUUUAAACUAUUUUCAUAUAUAAAUCAAAUAGGUGCUGUAUGUUUUGUUUUAGUGUUCUCGCCAACUUUUUUUGAAAAAAAUAAAAAUAGGCUGAAAAUGUUUUUAGAAGAAUAAUAAUAUUUUAGUUCCACAGAAUUAUUCUUUCAAAACAAUAAGGAAGGUAUUUUUUGAUCUACCAUAAAUAUUAAUCCUUUUCUCUGCUUAUGUCACUUUUUCUUUCUUCCUUCAUUCCUUCAAAAAUAUGUUUUUUUUUCGAUGAUAAAUUUUUGUCUUCUUUUAAAAACCGGAAUAUUUUGAGGUUCACCGUAGGUUAUUAUUAAAUCGAUGUAACUAUUUAUUAUUUUUAUUUUUGUUGGCAUCUCUUUUUUUUUUUUUGGUUUCCAAACUGUACGAACAUCAAAUGUUUGAUGUGUUCAUAAAUCUUUUUUUCCAUAUUCUCAUCAAAUAUCGAGAAUAAUAGAAAAAUCCUGAAAAUCGCUAUCUUUCCGAAAAUCGCAUUUUGUGUCUGCUUCCCAUCAAAAAUAUGCAAAUGAUACACUUUAAGCAAGCACACAGCGAAAUAGUGUAGAUGUUGAAGAGGCGCAGACAUAAUAUCUAGUUUUUUUCCCGAUUCAUACAUAUUUGUAUGUUUAUUUAUGAUGAACAUUUCAAAUUUUUUGUUUUUUUUUCGAACAAAAAAUAGAUAGUUAGUUAUGUAAUAAUAUUUUGGGAAUUUGGAGAUUUCGAAAAUCCGAAACCUUGACUUUUUCAAUAAUCCUAUUAUGACCUUCCUUCUCCCUUUUAAUUAUUCCAAUCUCUGCGCACUCUUCAAUUCAAACAUUAUUUUUGUCUGGGAGGAGUUUCACUUUUUUGUGUUCGAAAUGGGAUUAGUUAUAGGGUACAUAUUUCCUUAAAACACCCACCCACACCUGGCUUUUUUUCUUUUCUGCUGACCAUAAUUGCGCCAAACAACAAAAAUUGACGGUGAUUUAUUUAUUUGAAGCUGGUUCUAUCUAAUUAUGUUUUUUUUCUUUCAAUUACCUCCAAAAACCAAUAACAACUCUAAUUUCAAAUAUUGUUUUCUUGGUAACCUGGUUUCCUUUUUUGUCCUAAAUUUCGUCUCUUUUUUGUGUGUUUGACGAUAAGAAGAUUAUUUUUUGAGAAGUGAAAGAGGAUUUUCGCACCUCUUCCCAAUAAAAAAAUGUUUAGUUUGUUACGUUUGUUUUGUUCGCUAUUUUUCUGGAUCACCAUUUUUUGUAGAAGAACAUCACACCUUUUUGACUAAACAAACGCAUUUUUUCAUCGUUUCGUAUUUCUUUUUUCGAUUUUUUUCCAAUCAAUUUCAUUGAAGAUGAAAUUUAUCGAUAGCAGUGAAGAAGAAGAUCCGCCACUUCAACAAAUUCCCGAAGAAUUACCAAAAAUGAGAAAAAAUAAAAUAAUGAAAGAGGAUUCGAGAAGAGCUUCAAGUUUUGAACUAAAUCGAGAAGAUGAAUUCAAAUUAAUGGUUGCUGAUAAACUUUUACAUGCAUUGGAUAAUAUGAGAGAUGCUCAAAAACUUCAGCAAAUUAAAUGGCGGUCGACGGAGAAUUUGGCAGCGACAAAAAAUUCAACGACUUCGGCAAAAAAGAAAAAAUCGUCGACUGGAAGUCCGCUCGAACUUCUUCAUAGUUUGCUUCUUCGAAAAGCUGUUGUCAAAAGUUUGGUGGGACCACCAAAAUUGAUUUCAUCGACGGUUUCAUUAGAUGGAAUAUGUGUAAGAUCAGAUCAGAGUUUGAAAUUGAAAAUUUAUAUUUUUUAAUCGGAGAAAUCCAACUUACACAAAAACGUGGCCCACUUUAUUCGGCUUCGCAAAUUUUCAGAAAUUCAUAUUUCAUUUUCAGACACGUGGCACUUCUUCUGCAUCAACGCCAGAAGGUGGAAGUACACCAACACAUGCAACACCAAUAUUGACAAAUAUUAUUACAAGAAAUCUUAUGAAUGAAGUGAGUUACAGUAAUCUGGUCAAAAAAAUCAGAAAUCUUACAGUAAUCCUUCAAAAAACUUGAUGAUGUAUUUACUAGGAAGUAUUUUUAGGAAAUACUACUGGUUUUUUUUUCUUGUCAAAACAAAACAAAUAUUUACAUUUCGUGCAUGAUGAAUGACCAUCAUGGAAAUAAUUGAACAAAAUUCUACAGUAUUCUCUCAUCCUCAAAAUUUAUUUAUUUUUCUUUUCAGAUGCUCACAAAAGUUGGACCAUAUCCACAAAUUGUUCUUCCACCAAAUGGUUUUUGGAUGGAUGGAGUGAAUUUGGUGCAAGAAGAGCAAAUGACUAAUAUGAAUUUGAACAGUUGUGCUCGAUUUAAACUUGAAACAGAUGAUACUUCACAUUCUUAUCGUAGACACUUUUUCGGACGAGAACAUCACGAUUUCUUUGCGAUGGAUCCUGUUGUUGGUCCGUUGGUUUUGUCAGUUCGAACUGAAGUUAUUUCAUCUUGCGAUCAUUUUCGAAUUAUAUUGAGAACAAGACAAGGAACAACACAUGAAAUUGUAUCAGCGACUGCGUUGGCUGAUAGACCAAGUGCUUCGAGAAUGGCUAAAAUGUUAUGUGAAGAUAUUACUACUGAACAAUUCUCACCGGUUGCAUUCCCUGGAGGAUCAGAACUUAUUGUACAGUAAGUUCAGAUAAUUAAAAUUAAAUCUGAUGUGCAAAAAAUUCAGAAAUUGAUAGAUAUCCCUCGAAAAUUCCAAAAAAAGUUCUUAUCCCAAGUAAAUUUGAAUUUUUUUCAGAUAUGAUGAACAUGUUCUAACUAACACAUAUAAAUUUGGAGUAAUUUAUCAAAAAGGUGGACAAACGACUGAAGAACAAUUAUUCGGAAAUUCAAAUGGUUCACCAGCUUUUGAUGAAUUCUUAUCGAUAAUCGGAGAAACAAUUCCACUUUAUGGUUUUCAAGGAUAUCGAGGUGGACUUGAUACAGUACACAAUCAAACUGGAAAAACUUCAGUUUUCACAAGUUUCAAAGGAAGAGAAUUAAUGUUCCAUGUUUCAACAUUACUUCCUUAUACAAUUGGAGAUUCACAACAACUUCAAAGAAAAAGACAUAUUGGAAAUGAUAUUGUUGCAAUUAUUUUCCAAGAAGCAAAUACACCAUUUGCUCCAGAUAUGAUUGCUUCCAAUUUUUUGCAUGCUUAUAUUGUUAUUCAACCAGUUGAUGCUUUAACAGAUCGUGUUCGUUAUCGUGUUUCUGUUGCAGCUCGUGAUGAUGUUCCAUUUUUCGGACCAACUUUGCCAAAUCCUUCAAUUUUCAAACGCGGUCAAGAUUUCCGCAAUUUCUUACUCACAAAAUUAAUCAAUGCUGAAAAUGCUGCUUAUAAAUCUUCGAAAUUUGCAAAACUCGCUGAACGAACUCGAGCAUCUCUUCUUGAGGGAUUAUUUGCAACACUUCGAGAACGCGCUGAAUUUUAUUCGACUCCACUUCUCGAAUCAACUUCAUCUUCAUCUUCUUCUUCAACAAAUCAUUCAUCUGGUGGUAUUUUGAAUACAGUGAAAAAAGCAUUUAUUGGAAGAAGUCGAUCUGUUUCACAAGAAGUAACUCAUGUUCCACAUCGAGCUGCGACUGUUGGAGGAACGCAUUUAACAUCAGCAAAAAAAUCAACAUCUUCAACAACAAGUUCGUCGAUUCGAGAUGAUACAAGUGAUCGAGUUACUUGUGUUAAACACAAAAAAGAUAGGUUGGUGAAAGAUUUCAUUUUAAUGGUUAAUUUUGAAUUCUUCUGAAAUAUUCUUUUUGAUUACUGUAGUUUUUCAAAAGCAUUUUCGAAAUUUUUAUUUUCAAAAAAAAUGUUCACCUCUCCCUGAAAAACUUGCAAGUUCAAGCUUGAAACUUAAAAUGAAAGAUAUCAUUCUUGAGUACAUUACUAAAAAAAUCCGGUUUUGACAAAAAUUAUAAUCUCGUAGUUUUUUUCGAUUUGCAAAAUUUGAGAGAAAGUUGAAAUAUUUUUUGAAAAUUGUAAAUUUUUGAAUCAAGAAUUAAACAAGACAUUUUCAGACCUGAAUGGGAUCGUUCUUCACAAGAAUCACACGAUUCGGAUACUGGAAUGGAAUCGAUGAGUUCGGCCGAAACACAAACUUGUACUUUUUGUGUUGAUGAAUCACAUCAUGCCCAAGAUGCUAAAAGAUUAGAAGCACUUGUUACAGAUGUUGGAAGAUUACAAAAUGAAAAACAUGAUUUAUUGAGACAAAAUGUUUCGUGUAAAACUGAUAUCAAGAAAUUGAAAGAUCGGUGAGUUUUAAAAUAUAAAUAAGGCUGGGCAGCUAAUUGUGAACUAAGAUUACUUAUUACCUAUUUUAUGCUAUCAAAUUAGCUUCCCAAAUGUCUCUUAAUUUUUUAUCAAACUUUUCUAAAUCUUUUUAUUUUCAGUCAGAGUUGUUUAUCUGAAGAAUUGGAUCGAGCAAACGAGGAAAUCUCUCGACUCCGCCGUCUUCUCAAAAAACCAUUGAGUGAUGUUGCUCCAGUUCAUCAACCAUUCGAACGAUCAUUUUCCGAUGUUUCUGUCUAA